GGUGACUUUCAGUCUCUAGCAGUUGCCCUGGAGCACUCUGGUGAAGGAGAAAGACUAUUACUAGUUUUCUGAUGAAGAAGAGAACAUAUUUGGUCACCAGCAAUCUGCUUUGGACCUUCCUCCAAGCCAAGUUUCUCAUCGACUAGAAAAAUAUCUCAUUCAGAGGACAAAUGGGUCCUCCUUGAAUGUCCUCCUUUUGGGAGCAGUGGGAGACAGUUAAAGAUGUAGGAAGAAUUGAUAGUGGAAAGAAAGGACAGAAAGCAAGUGUGGAGACCACAAAUACUGCAAUAGAGAACGGAACCAGGAGCCACAGGGAGAGAAAGGCCAUAGAGAACCACAGCCAGAGGGAGUGGGAGGAGAAAGACAGAGAGAGAGGGAAAGCUGAUUAAUUGCUGAGAAAAGUUUCUCUCCUUAAGAAUUCUAGGCCAGGAAGUCAAACAUGGCACAGAGCACAGAAAGGAGAGAACAGACGCCCAGCGAGUGACCCUGGAGGAGCAGGAGUUCAGCCCGAUGGGAGCCCGAGCUCUCCUCCUGAUGGCUUCUGUCCUUGUGCACUUCAUCCUGCUUCCUGGGUCAAGAUGUGAAGAAAACUGUGGCAAUCCUGAGCAUUGCCUGACCACAGACUGGGUCCAUCUCUGGUACAUAUGGUUACUCGUGGCGAUCGCUGCGCUGCUCUUGCUGUGGGGCCUGACUUCCCUCUGCCUCCGCUGCUGCUGCCUGAGUCGCCGGCAAAAUGGGGAAGAAGGGGGCCCGCCCCCCUACGAAGUGACCGUCAUCGCUUUCGAUCAUGACAGCACUCUGCAGAGUACUAUCACUUCCCUGCAGUCAGUGUUUGGCUCUGCAGCCCGGAGAAUCUUGGCUGUUGCUCACUCUCACAGCUCCCCGGGCCAACUGCCCUCCUCUUUGGACACCCUCCCAGGGUAUGAGGAAGCUCUUCACAUGAGUCGCUUCACCGUAGCAAGGUGUGGGCAGAAAGCACCUGAUCUACCCCCUGUCCCUGAAGAAAAACAGCUGCCUCCAAUGAAGAAGGAGUCUUCUGGAGUAGAACGCUCUUCAGACUGAUGGGAACUGAGAUUUUAUAAACAGGGGUUUAGGUAUCCCCUAAGUCUGUAGGGAUUCACAGACAAAGGGAACAUUUUCUUUUCUAACUCUCAGAAGUUUUAGGAUGGCAUCUAAACAUCAUCCUGUGGAAAAGAUGGGUUCUAUAAUAACUCCUUAUUUUCAGCCACUUGUAUUUUCUGAUACAGAAUGCUCUAAUAGGGAAUUCUCAUUCUUUAUCCAAUGGGCAAAAUUUGCAACUAACAUCUAGCUAUGUUGAAUACUACCAAAGCCUAGCAUCAUUGUAUCUUGAAUUCCUUCAACUGUUGACUACUUACAAAAUUUCUUUAGCCAUAAGAUACUGCAAGUUGCUUAGAUUGUGGUAAACUUGAAGAGAAAGACAGCAGUGUCAGCAUAGCCAUCAACUUCGUGCACCGAUGCAUGCGUCUUUCCUCCUGAGAGAACAGUCAAUUUUACACGGAGUGACAAUGGUCAUCUUGGACAUCAUAUAAUACCACCUGGAUAUCUAAAACCCAGGGGUGGGAUUUCUGGCAUGGGCUAAGAGAACACAGUAUAGUAUUGAAAUGUCAAAUAUCAAAGUCUUUCUUUCAUUCUCCUCCUGUCUACCUGCAUUAUGAAAAACUACAUGCAAUACAUUAAUAGUUCAAUUAAUUCUUCAGUUCCUCGGCCCGGCAAACGGGUAGAGGUGCACACAGCAGCAGCCACGUGCUCAUGCACCCUUUUUUAACACUAAAAGAAUAGCAUUGCUUUGCUUCUUUACUCUUCAUGUUUCCACCACUUAAAGCCACAACAGGUCUCUAGUGACACACGGUCCUCUCUAGUGGUGACCCUCACUGCCACCUAGUGGAGCCCUGGUAGAAAACAUACUUUCCUUUUGGCAUAUCUACACAACUUCCCGGUUUUUGGAGCACAAACAAGUGCAGGACUAAGCCUGGAUGGGACGGUUCCCAUGGCACCAUUCUGCUGUGUAGUGCUAAGCCACUAACAUACUGCCUCCCAAAGUUCUGCUAUUGGAAAGUCAAAGAAGUGAAGUGCACUUGGGGAAAAACUACUCACCUUGGGUAAGUCACUGAAAUCUUUGAAGCAUAGUUUUCUCAUCUGUAAAACAGGGGAUAACAAUACUUCACAGGAUUGUUGUGAAGAUCAGAGAAGCUAUUAAUAAGUAUAUGUGACAUGAUUUGCAAAGUAUUAUGCACAUGUGUUUGUUAUUUUUCUUACUAUAGUCAUUUAAUCUUCACCUACCUGCUAUGAUUCUGCUGAGAGUUAUGUUCUGGUUUGUCCGUUUGCCAGCCUGCUGUGCUAUUGUUAAGUCACACCUGAAGUGGCUUUAUCUUAUCAAUAAAUAUUUGUUGAUUAAGGUAAACAACAAAAGGUAUAAGUUAUUCCUCUUAAUAUGUUCUGUGUAGAGGUAAGGGAUAUUUGAGAAAACUCAUUGUUUAUUAGGCAAUUAGCUCCAGUACUCAGGGAGGCAAUACAGACCAAGAGAUUGGAUGAUCAGUGUUGCACCCUAUUAAAUGCAUUCUUGGAAUGCUCACUCAGAUCAGAGGGAAAAAAGUUCUGAGCAUAACCUGAUAGUGACCUGAAUUUAUCCUGAGUCAUUUAUCACAUCGCCUUGGGAAACUGUUGAAAUGUAUUAAUUGUUAAUAGCAGCUGAAGCGGCCUUGUUGCACCACUGCCAAAUAAAUCAU